GGUGCAGGAGGACCAGACACCGUUGGACUGUAGUGUUGUCUGGGUGAUCGUCCCCUUCUCACACCCACUGUACUGACGUUCCCAUAUAUCGUCAGCCAGAUUAUAUGAUUGGAUUACUUCAAGUGCUGUCGCUUCUCCCAGUACAAUGAACAUGGAUGACGAGCCGUGGAUGGCCGAGUCGGUGACGUGUGAGCUGUGUUCGGAGAUCUACGAAACUGACCCACGUGACCCUAUCCUCCUACCCUGCGGUCACACCUUCUGCCGCAGCUGUAUCACCAAAGUCAAGGAAGCCGAUGAAACAGCCUGUCCCUCAUGCAGCCUAGAUUUUAACGACAUUGAUGUUGAGGAUUUACCUGUUAACUUUCAAAUUCUAAGUUUAUCAGUAACUUAUACGAAAUCUCAGCAGGACAGGUGUGUUACCCACGGCGAUGAGCUCAAGUACUGGUGCAGGGACUGUGAGGCCUCCCUGUGUAGUCUUUGUCUCUACACCGACCACCCUCAAGGCCACCAUGUGCUCCUGGCCAAGACCUUCCUCGAGAAGAAGAAACUGUCACUCAAGGAAGAAACUUUAUCUUUCAAUAAUUCACUGAAAGAAAUGAUGAAUGAAGUAAACAGCAACUUUAAAAAGUGCUUCCAGAAGAUGAAAAUACUGAGUCAGUUACAGGCGGAUGUGGUCGGCCUCAUCACUGAUCUACAGAAGGCUUGUAGCAUCAAACCCAUCCUCCUGUUAGAGGAAAAAUUAAAAGGUCUUCAGAACAAGGGAUUGGGUCCACUCUCACACGAUGGCACAGAAAUUCUCGGUGCUGUAGGAGGAGCUGCACCUGUUUGUGAUGGAGCUGCAGAAGUGAUCCAGGCCGGUGCAACCCUUGACCAGCGGGUGACAAAGCCUGGCAGCGUCAAAAAUGGUGACAGAGGCCGCGCCAGGCUGGACUGUCGUGAUGGGAGGCUUGUGGUCCAUUCCCUCACUCACCGAGCCGACCAUCGACUCUUCUUACAGAUGCCGUCAGAGGUGUUCCUUGAGCUGAGUGUUGGUAGUCGGUGUCUGGGUCGUGUGUACAUCAAGCUGUGGAGUCACCUGCGUCGUGCACAACAAUUCCUGGCACUCUGUCUUGGCUCUAUGGGACCUUCACACAUCGGUGCCUCCUUCAAAAAGAUUUCAGAUAAAAACAAAGAGCGAGAAACUAUAUGGUGUACGGAGUAUUAUUCCCGCUCUGGAGAGAUGGGUUACCGGGCGUUGAUGCUGGACAUGGAGUGGGAGGGCGAGUACAGCAAGAUCCCUGAGGAAGGUCUCGUGGUCGGUUACUCUAACGAUAUUAAUGAUUAUGGUUUCGGCAUCUGUACCAAAGGAAAGCCGGGUGCUAACUUCUCGGGUCCCUUCGGUGAGGUGUCUUUAGGGAUGGAGGUGGUACAUGCUGCUGUCCGUUAUGAGCCCGUCACCGAGGUCACCAUCACUGACUGUGGGCUCGUCAUCCCUGACAUGACACUUUGACACAACCCAACACACCAUGACCCGAUCACCGCCCAUCGGGACUUUCUUCACCAUAAUGCAAUUUACUUUUAUUCAACGGGAUAUCUGUCAUAGGUCAACCCUGUGUUUAUAAGUGUUCUGCUGUAAGACUUGAAAUUGCACUGUAGAUAUAUUACAGAGUUAAACUGAGGGUAGGAGGUUCAGGUGAAGGCAGGAUCCGGUAUACAUGAAUGAAAAUAAAAGUUGUUCCCCUGAGAGAUACAAAAGCUGAGGAGGGUUGGUAAAAACAACAUGGUUAACUUUUGAGGUGGUGGGCCGUGGUCGCCAAUCCUCAGACACCAGGAUGACGUCUUUAUUGAUUCAACAUUGUCUCUCAUUAGUCUUAUAAUUCGGUUUUCUCCAUUUGUUCUUAUCUUCUGGCUUAAAGAAUGAGGGAUAUAGCGCUUACGUUGCCCAGCCAAACUUUCUAUCUGUCUUUCUGUUUUAAAGUUAGCUUCUUUCUGGGAGAGUUUUACUACAGAUUUUUAGUUAGUGUUGGUGGUCGUGUUGGUGUUGGAGGGUGGGUCAUGUUGGUGGUCGUGUUGGUGGCCACAGUGUUGGUGUUUGGCGGGUGGGUCGUGUUGGUGGCAGCAGUGUUGGUGGCCACAGAGUGUUGGUGGUGGUAGGUGGGUCAUGUUGGUGACCGUUGUGUUGGUGGUCGUGUUGCAGGGUGGGUCGUGUUGGUGUCCAUAGAGUAUUGGUGUAGGGGAGUGGAUCCAGCCAGUCAUGGCGUCAGUUAUGGCUUCCCUCAGUAGUUGGCGAGGCAGUGGUCGUGUCGUAUAAACACACAAUAUAAACUCUGUGUGGCCUUCUCUUGUAUAUAACAUUUCUUUCCGCUUGUAGUGACGAUUUGCAUGAGUCAUUGUAUAUAAUAAAGUUUCUGAGGAGUGUUGAAAAAAAUAUUAUAUAUAAUACCUCAAUUCCAAUAAUGUGUUUGUGGGUUUAAUGUGUAUAUAACAUGUGCCAUUUACCAUCUAUCCUUCAACUGUGUAUAAAUAAACUAUACUGUAAUAUAUCUACGCUUCUGUGUGGGUUGAGUGGCGUAGAACUGUUGUACUUAAUCGAAGAAGAAUUAUUUUGUGUACAGAUACAUUAUUUCCAUAAAGUUCAGUAUUAGGUACACAUAUGAGACUGUAACCUGGAUAUAAUGAAUAUAUAUUUAUAAAAGAAAAAAUACUAAGUAAAAACUAAAUCGCACGCUUCAUUAAUCAUCUUGAAACACAAAGAAUAAAACAUCCCAAACCCAUGUUAAUAUCUUCCUAAUGUAAAAUAUAUCUGUCAUUGUAAAUUAAAAUGAAUCUCUGGCUUUA